AUGGUGGAAUUCGACUCGAUAACCCCGGCGAUGCCGCCGCCACCGGGGCAGUCAUCCAAUUUCGUGGACCCUGCGUACAUUGGCACGAAAUUCCUGGUGGUUAAUUGUGUGUUCCUGCCGAUAUCCGCCAUCGCACUGUUCGUGCGCACAUGGACUCGCCUUUUCAUUGUGCAUAGUUUUCGAUCGGAUGACUAUCUCAUGAUUUUUGCCUGGAUUCUGUCAUGUGUAUUGACAGGGGUGACUCUUGAAAUGCUGAAUCGGGGCUUGGGAAGACACAUGUGGGAUGUAUACGCAACGGACUACUCUCCAUGGUUUCUCAAGCUAAACAUGAUCUCGGCUAUUUUCUACUGCGCUGCCACCGGAUUUACUAAGGUCUCCGUUCUUAUAUUCUACGUUCGCAUCUUCCCGACCCGAACCUUUCACAUCUGCGUCUGGGCCAUCGCGGCCAUUGCGAUUCUAUACAAUGUGGCGAGUGUUUUCGCCAAUGUCUUUGGCUGCGACCCUAUUGCAAAAACUUGGGACAUAACAAUCACAAAAGGGAGCUGCAUGAACCGCCCGGUGUUCUACUUUGCCAAUGCCGGAUUGGGAAUUUUUACGGAUUUUGCGACGGUUCUUGUUCCGAUCCCUUGGCUGCGUCGGUUGCAGAUGCCUUUGCGUCAGAAAAUCGCCGUUGCCUUGAUCUUGGCAAUGGGAUGUUUCGUGGGAAUUGUUAGCUGCAUACGCCUAGCUACCCUUUACGACUUGCUCAAAAGCCCAGAUCUGACCUGGGCCACUACUGAUGCCCUAAUGUGGUGCACGAUCGAGCUGAACCUCGGCAUCACUGGAGGCUGCGUCACGGCCAUGCGUCCAUUCGUCCGCCGAUAUUUCCCCCGGUUGCUGGGCCUGUCAAGCGCCGAGAACUCGUCACGCUCGAGGAAGUACGCACAUCCUUUGGGAUCGAUUCCUCGCACGCAGCCGGACUUUGCGUCCCCGCGAGAUCACCAAUAUUCGACAACCGCCCAAGCUCAUAACGAUAGCGAAGAGCACAUUCUGGCGCCGUCUCCAGGCCCAAAAGAAGACGGGAUUUUACGGACCGUGAUGUUUGACAUUGAAAAUACCGGCCGAAGUUGA